AUGGCGACCGCCACCACGCCCAACCCCAAGGUGACGACGACAAGGGCCAGGAGGGAGCCGCUGCGUCCGCGGAGCAACAACGCCGCCGCGUCUCCGGCCGUGGCGAGGGCCAGGCCCAGGCGCGGGCCGGCGGCAUCCGCGGAGAAGGAGAACCAGCGGACGAAGAGCCUCGGCCACAGGAAGGAGGAGGAGGACAAGGGGAAGGCGGCGGCUGCGGCGACGACGACCGCCGAGCUGUCGAAGCCCGCGGAGCCGGCGCCGGCGGUGGUAGCACCGCCUACGCCUACGCCGCCGCCGCUGAAGCCGUCGUCGCUGCAGCUCCGCAUGAAGGACGAGGCGGCCAAGGCGGCUGCGCAGGCGCCGCCCGCGUUCGUCGUCGGGCCCCGGGGCAGGGAGCUACUGCUCCCGCCGCCGUCCUCCAACUACGAGGCGUGGGACCUCUCCGACAGCGAGUCCGCGCCGGCCUCCUCCUGGGCCACGCUCCCCAACAGGGCGCUGCUGUGCCGGCCACUGCCGCAGGACGUCGGCCGGUGCACGUGCGUCAUCGUCCGGGAGGCGGCCUCCGGCGCCAGAGGCGUCGCGCUCUACUCCCUCUACACCAACGAGGGGCAGGGGCGGCAGGACCGCAAGCUGGCGGUGGCGCGGCACCGGAGGAGGAGGGGAAGGUCCGAGUUCAUCGUGGCGCAGAACCAGGACGGCAUCUUCUGCACCGCCGACAACAACUUCCUCGGCACGGUGGGCGCCAACCUGGUCGGAUCGAAGUACCAAAUCUGGGGCCAGGGGAGCCGAGCGGACGAGCUGAAGAACCAGUCGAAGCGGCUUCUUGGCGUUGUCGCGUUUGCCCCCACCAUCACCACGCUCACCGGGAGUUUCAGAAGCAUGAGCGCAUGGAUCCCCAAGAACCAGUCCAUGCAGCUCAAGACCAACAAUUCUUCUCAGAUUCAGCAUGUCAGUGGGCUCCCAAAGGAUUGGCAGGAGAAGAAGAGCAGAGCUGACCCAUUGUGCUCAAGAGCCCCGUUCUACAACCAUAUGACAAAGCGCUACGAACUGGACUUCAGAGAGAGGGCAGGAAGGAUGGGGUACAAGGUGCAAACAUCGGUCAAGAAUUUUCAGAUGAUUUUGGAGAAAAACGGGAGGCAGACAGUGUUGCAGCAUGGUAGGGUUGGGAAAUCCAAGUACAUAAUGGAUUUUAGAUACCCGCUGACCGGCUACCAAGCGUUCUGCAUUUGCCUGGCAUCGAUCGACGCAAAGCUGUGCUGCACCCUGUGA